AUGUCUCUAUCCAAAUCAGGCACAGAACUGGGCGAUAUGGUGUCGUUGGCAGUAUUUUGCAAAAUCGACAGUACCUUUAUGUUGACCGUGGAGAACAAUGAACAUUGGAUACCCAGCACGAAGGUACCACAGGGGCAUUCUUGGGAAAAAACUAUAUCCAAGGACUUGGUGGAUAUGUUCAAAAUCACUCAUCCAGAUAAGAUAGCCAGGCUGUGGAAAAUUUGGAUACCUCGACAGACAGAGUCAAUAUUCCAUUGCGUUUAUCAAAAUAUAGUGGACAGUGACGAGAAAAAUAGAGCAAAAAAUACCAUGGGAAAGUACAGGGGAAAGCUGCGGUGGGUCACGGAGACCGAACUCAUAAAGCUAACAACCAGUAACAGCCUGCGGAGUCCCGAACUCCUAGACAUCUUCUACUUAGUCAGAGAUGGCACCAUCCACGAUCGGUUCGUCCCCAGUGACGAGUUCAUAGGGCACGAAAACUUUUUCGAAACCUGCCAGGAACUGUUGUCGCCCGGCAAACCAGGCCCCUACAGUCAGCUGGUGGACGCAUCAGGGAUCGAUAAGUUAGGAGGACAAGAGGCAUUGCUGAUAGACUUCAUCACGCUGACUUUUCCUGCAAACUAUAUGAACUUCAGGAUAUUUUGUAAGGUGCUCACAGACUUAGGAUGGAGCAAAGAGCUACUACCACAUGCAUUCAGGGCGGCAGAUAUGAGUAACAGAAAUGGAUUGUCCUUUCGGGACUAUCUGUACUUUUUAUCGGCUGUGGAUCCUGUUACAGUACACGGUGGAGUACAAGCUGAACUACGUUGUAAAUAUAUGUUCAGGUACUAUGACAGAGAUCGUGAUAAUUUAUUAAAAACGGAGGAUUUUAAGGCUCUAAUUUUAGAUCUAAGGAAAACUAAAAAAUUAACCAUUGAUGCCCCCAGCGUAACGAAAGAGGCAUCAGAAACUUUGAAGUUAAUGGGUAUGGGCGAUAGUGCCAGCGUAAGCCUAAUGGAGUUCUUGAAAGCCAUUUGCGAUUUGAAAAUUAAGGGAACUUCUAACCUUCUCAGGUCUCCCAAUCCAAUCAUGAGAUACGUGAAAGAUCUAGGCAUUAAAGAAGUCCCAAAAAGUGGCGCAGCACCUGCUGCUAACGUGCCUGCUAAGCCAGGUCCAGAAAAUGUGAGAGGAAAGAUGACAGCGCCAUCUCUUCGCCAGCAACCCCAAUUAAACUACGAGGUUGCUGUUCACACGGUGAGAAUACAGAAAAGUGGCAAUGCGAUAAAUAUCGACGAAAUGAAACAACUGCAAGGUAAUACGAGAAUACAGGCCGUUUCCAUGACAACCCUGAAACAGCCGUACAACGAGCAAACAAGGAAGUUGUCCAUGGAUAUAUUCAGUCAGAGAUCGGUUUCAAAUGAACUUCUGAAGGGGCUAAGGUAUCUGGCGUCGAUCAACAAGACUAAAGAUCUGAAGGCAAACUUUACCUGGGGUCAGCUAGAUCCGAACACGUACGCUAGAAAUCUGAUAACCGUCUGUAACCAAGUGAGGGAAAUUUUUAAGGUCGAGCCUAGGUUGUUGGAGCUGAGCUCGCCUAUAUACAUAAUGGGUGAUUUUCACGGUAAUGUAGCGGACCUUCUGUACUUUGAAAGGACUCUUUGGCACAUAGGACCUGGUUUGAACCCAUGCGGUCUCCUUUUCCUUGGAGAUUACGUGGACAGAGGUGCUUACAGCAUAGAAGUCAUAUCCUACCUGCUGGCUUACAAGCUACAGUAUCCAAGUAAAUUGAACCUUCUAAGAGGAAACCAUGAAAUCAGGGAAGUACAGAAGAUGUUCACGUUUUACAAGGAAUGUAUUCUAAAGUUAGGAGACAAACUUGGAAGUGAAGUUUGGAUGUCUGUAAAUAACGCUUUUGAUACUAUGCCGAUAGCAGCUACGAUUGAUGGCAAGCUAUUUUGCUGUCACGGUGGAAUACCUCCUCCAUGGUUAUGUCCAGCUAUAAGUGCUAUAAACGACAUUCCUGUACCAUUAAAUCAACCAGAUACUCAGAGCUCUCUAGCUUGGGAACUAAUGUGGAAUGAUCCAGUUAGGCCAAAAACUGUGAACGAUAAAUUAACAAUGGAGCUACUGGCAAAUGAAGGUUUUGCGGUGAACGCAAGAAGGGGGACCGCCCAUAUCUUUAGCGUCGAGGCCUUGGAGAGGUUCUUGAAGACCAACCAAUUGACCCACCUUGUCAGAGCACACGAGGUUGCUCAGGCCGGGUUUCAGGUGCAACAAAAAGGAAAAUUAUUGACUGUCUUCUCAUCAUCGAAGUACUGUGGUGGUCAGAACGACGCAGCUUGUGUGAUGGUGGACCAAGGAAAACUGAGAAUUCUUAGAUUGGAGACCGACUAA